AUGUCUGCGAACUGGUGGCGCAAUGAUAAUCAACUAGUCGCCGUCGAAGUUCAGGGACCCGAAAUCUUCUAUGUCGACUUGACAAAUAUCGAGAAGUACCACCAGCUACACAGGCAGAUAACCUGUCAUGUACCAUCAUAUAUCUAUGACCACGCUUACAAUGUUUUGGGAUGUAUCUACUACCAGAGUCCCGGACUUCUUUACAUCAAUCAGCAGACUGUGCCACAAGGUGCCGGACACAUAUUGUGGGAAUAUCUGGUAUUCGGAACGUUGGGUCUCCAGGGCAAUCCCUUCGAGGCGAGGCGAGAAGAGUACUUCAAAAGUAUCAUCCAUGUACACAAUUUUGCAGACCAGUUCGGCAUGGAGGACCUUAAGUCGGACUCCGCGAGGGAGAUCUUCCGCAAGGCUCAAGACAUGGGCCUGGUGGAACUGCUCAAACUCCUUGAAGAAGUGAACUACCGGUCUAACUUAUUUCCAAAGUUUUCUGUGUACUUGGAGAAGCGACUGCUUAGUUCCGCUUUGGAUUACGGUGCGGGAGGGAGCCUGAGGGCUUUCAUCGAACUGAGAGAUCAACCAUCACUCUCAGUCGCUCAGAUGCUUUUGAAAGCAAUGACAGAGGUUAGCAACAUCGAGUGCAUGUCGGGCAAACAAGACUCCAUGCGAGAUGAAGCCUACAGAAAGAAGGUGGCUGAGACAACGGUUGUUUCCGAGGUCAUUGGAUUGGAAGAGUGCAAGUUACCUAAGACGAGCUGGAUCAAACCGGGGAAUGAGUCCGCGCCAGUGAGCAAGUCAGUUGAUGAUCGGUUCCUCGGUCCCGCGGCAAGGCAGCAGGACCGAAGUAGGAUGGAAAAUCACCAGGAAAAGCCAUUGCAGAGAGCGGCCGUACCCGAUUCCAACUUCGACUUUCCAAGAGAGCCCGGGUUUCGUCCUCCCCAGAUGUUUCUCCCUGCUUUGGUUCCUAGAGCUGAAAAUAAUGGAACAGGGCUUCUCCCGCCAUUCGGAGAUGCAUCGAAGAGGUUGAGAAGCAGAACGCCCUCGCCAUUCAGAGAUACAUCGAAGAGGUCGAGAAGCAGAACACCCCCUCACUGUGACAGGCUAUCACCGAUGGAACAUGACCGCCCGAUGAGACACAAAGACCAAACGGCCGCCAUGUCGCAGGCUAUGCUACAACAUAUUCAACAUAUUCAACAGAAUCGACAGCGAAAGGAACACAAUCCAAGGAGAAAAAGUAUAGAUCCCAAUCCUUCUACUGCAUCGGGCGAGCUUGAGUCAGAAUCAGCUGCGGAAUUCGACAACGAUACUGCAGACGAGGCUGAAGAAGCUUGCGAUCGGCCAGUGGCACCAACAGGAUCCCAGCUGAAUUUUGCUGAGUGCAUUCUGCCCUCAUUUGACGAGCCUUGGCAAUCGUCUGCAUCUUCUUCCGUUACCCUGGAAGGCGACCCUGGUGAAGCCAAGGGGUCCAUGGAUUGGGAUUCGGGUUCAUCCGAAUCCGACCAUAGUCUUUGA